CCUCCCGAGCUAGACUUUACCACCCCAUGUUUGGCUUAGAGAGGCGGAAAUGCCAUUGAGCGGAGACAACUGGCAGAAGUCGGAUAGAGGCAGGUCGGGACUACGGAUUUCUAUAUUCGCAUAUUUCUCGGAUAUGCUUCCAGAACCACUCGAAGGGCCAGCAGCUGGAGAAAUACGCCCUGCUCUCCUGGUAUUCGUGCGCAUGCCACAUGGUGCCUGUACUCCUCCUCCACAGAACCCCAUAGUCUAUUAGACCCCCGCAAAGUUGACGAUUCUUGCGGAGGAAUCGACCCAGAUUUCAGACUCUCCGCGUAGGUCCAGAUCCCAUUGGGCGGGUAACCCCUCGCCAAGUAGCAAAAUCCUCGGAUGAACUAGUCGAGCUUCCACGAUUGCUCUCAUCCGUAGCUCCUGAAUCUGGGGAUCAUGGAGAGCAUCGAUUCCAGAUGCAUGAUGAUGAAGUUGUAUAAGUAUCGCAGGAUAUCCUGAAAGGCAAAACAAGCAGCGAUCGACAGAUUCAUCUUCUUGUGCUCUCAAGAACAGUUCAACAGCUCGACAGAAAACUUCGAAAUGUCUUCUAAGGAGAUGACUGCAACUCACGAUGAGUCCUCUGACUCGGCGAGAGAGUUGGUUGUGAAGCCUGAUAUCCCAUGGUAUCAACAGACUGAGCUUCGAAAGUUGUAUGCUCUGAUGCCGUUCCUCUUUCUUGGGUCAACCACACUGGGGUACGAUGGCAGCGUCUUGAACGGACUGCAAACAAUGGAUACAUGGCAAAAUUACUUUGACCAUCCAGUUGGGUCGAGGCUAGGAAUAUUUGGAGCAAUGCCUGGAUUUGGAGGUCUGGCAGUUCUUCCUUUCGUGCCAUAUAUCGCGGAUGGGUUUGGAAGAAGACAUGGAACUGCCAUUGGAUGUCUCUUCAUCUUGAUGGGAGCUCUGUUGCAAUCUUUCCCACCUGCUUCUAACUCGGAGCCGAUGUAUUUGGCUGGUCGUUUCUUCAUUGGGUUCGGAUCCAAUAUCGCCAACGCCACUUGCCCACUUCUCAUCACGGAAGUCGCACAUCCAAGACAUCGAGGGAAGAUCACAACAAUCUACAACACUCUUUGGUACCUGGGAGCAAUCAUCGCAGCAUGGUGCACAUACGGUACACUAACCAAUCUCUCCGGCAACAUGCAAUGGCGUCUUCCUACAGGCCUCCAAUGUCUCAUGCCAGGCAUCCAACUCCUCGUCCUAUACACUGUCCCCGAAUCUCCUCGAUGGCUGAUCAGCAAAGGGAAAGAUGAUGAAGCUCUCAAGAUCCUCACCAAGUACCACGGCAACAACGUCCAAGACGACUUCGUGACAUUCGAGUACAACGAGAUUCGCGAGACACUUCGUAUGGAGAGAGAAGCUGCUUCGAGCAGUGGAUGGGCUGACUUGGUUCGCACGCCUGGGAAUAGGAAGCGUUGUAUCUUGAUCAUACUCACUGCAAUCUUCUCGCAAUGUUCUGGCAAUGGCUUGGUAUCUUACUAUCUCUCAUCCAUCUUGAAGACAAUCGGAAUCACCAAAUCAACCGACCAAGCAGUAAUCAAUGGCGGCCUCACAAUCUGGUGUUUCCUCGUCUCCCUCGGCUCCGCAUUCCUAGUCGACCGCGUCGGCCGACGAGUCCUCUUUCUCUUCGCCGGAAUCGGCAUGUUAAUCUCCUUCUCAGUCUGGACAGCCUGCAGCGCCGUGUACGCCAAAACCGCCUCCCAGAGCGCCGGGUCCGCCGUCCUCGCCAUGAUCUUCCUCUUCUACGGAGCAGCUGGUGCGGCAUGGCCAGGUUUGACUGUUUCCUAUACGGUUGAGAUCUUGCCGUACCAGAUUCGUGCGAAGGGGUUGACGCUUUGCUUUACUUUCACGGCGCUGAGUGGUGUGUUUAAUCAGUACGUUAAUCCGAUUGGGUUGGAGAGUUUGCAGUGGAAGUUUUACUUCUUGUAUAUUGCGAUUUUGGUGUUUCAGUGUUUGGUUAUUUACUUUUAUUAUGUGGAGACCAAGGGUCCGACUUUGGAGGAGAUUGCGGUGCUGUUUGAUGGGGAGCAUGCGAAUGUUGGGGGGAAUGAUGUCCAUCGGGACGAAAAGGUUGUGAUGGGUCGUUCUGCUGAUCACAAGGAGCAUGUGUGAUUGUGAUUAUGAUUGUACUUUAGAUUAUCAGUAUUGAAAACAGAAUAGAUUUUGACGACAUAAUGAAAUUAAACUUACCUAGAAUGAG